AUGCGUGAUGUGGUGGGUAAAGUUGCUGCAGAGUAUAACACUUCAGACAGCUAUUUCAAGCUCAACGGUCACCACACGCGCCACGUCGAGCUCGACAACUACCGUUCUUCCCACUUCGUCUUCCGUGGUCACCACCCCCUCAUCUGUGGUGACCACAACUGCCCCAUCCACUACUGCGUCUUCCCCGAUACUGCUACACCAUCUUCCGUUCCUACCACCGCAGCAACAUCCAGUCCUGCACCAACGACUUCAAGCUCAAAUGUAGUGGUCUCCUCAAGUACGUCGAUCGCACCUUCAUCGUCCCCCGGACCUUCCACGACUCCUGCUCCCGUUCCGACGAGUUCGGCAGUACCGAGUUCUGAGGUUCAGAGUUCUUCCGCACCUGCCUCCGUCUCAUCCCCCGCAUCUGCCGCCUCCUCUGCAGCCUCUUCGUCCUCGCGGGCUGCCUCAUCUUCGUCACGACCUUCGUCUACGUCCUCCCAAAGCUCGAUAUAUGUGUACUCGUCCGUAACAUCCUCAGUGUCACUACAAUCCACCGUCUACUCAACCAACGCCGUCGUCCUCACCACUCAGGCAGAUGGCCAGACAAGUCAAAUCACCCAAGUCACAGUUAUACAGACAGUCGUCCCUGCAACCACAGUUUACGGUACCACUGUAGUUUCCACCACCGAGUCGCCCACAGGCAUCGCAGGUCUGCAAGCACAAGGCUUGUCAGGCGAUGGAAGUGGUGGACUAUCUACUGGUGCAAAAGCUGGUAUUGGAGCAGGCGUUGGUGUCGCAGUCGUCGCAGCGGCAAUAAUUGGCGCUGUCUACGCAAUGCGACGACGUAAACAGAAUCAUAUUGCCGAGGAAGACCGAUAUCCUCCUUCUUCGGUGCCAUCAUUCUACGGCGGUGUGGGAGGACUUGGAAAGACGCCAUCACGCUAUACAGAGUCAGAGAUGGGUGGACGUUCUCCGCCAAUGCGAGAAGCAGACCCGAUGGCUAGGUACGCCAAUCCUGGAGCGAGCACUCAAAGAACCACUUUACCACCAGGUUCGAGAACCUCAGACAUUUCGAGUGUCUCAGGUAGUGAGCCUACAACAUACAGACCAGGCCCAGGCAUGGGUGCAAUAACAGAACAACAACAUUCUCAAAGACAUAGUGAGCUUCCGGAACAAGACGUGCCUCGGCCGCAGCACCACGACUACAUCGUCCCUGCUGCUGGCUAUACUGACACAGCUGGAAAUCCCUUUCACGAAAAAAGUGGUGGAGAUACACCAAGCUUGUACUCAGAAGAUGGUGCAAACGAAGGCGGUGUUGCACGUCAUCCCAGUCACCAUCAGACAGGCUCGCCUGCAUUGGAAUUGCCUGGUGAGAGCACAGCCGGAGGAAGUAGCACACUAAUAGGGUCUGGACAAGGAUAUCGAGGCAUGGAUCAGGAACAGCCGUUACAUACUCGGUCGCAGAUGCAAAAGUCGCCGCCACGGACGUUCGAUCCGAGUCAUAAUUUCUAA